AUGCCUGGUGCAGCAGCAUCAUCGCUGGUUGUGCCUGUAGCAACUCCUCCCAACCCCCUCAGUUCCUCCCACCCCACUCACCUCCUCCCACCCCACUCACCUCCUCCCACCCCACUCACCUCCUCCCACCCAACUCACCUCCUCCCACCCCACUCACCUCCUCCCACCCCACUCACCUCCUCCCACCCCACUCACCUCCUCCCACCCCACUCACCUCCUCCCACCCCACUCACCUCCUUCCACCCCACUCACCUCCUCCCACCCCACUCACCUCCUCCCACCCCACUCACCUCCUCCCACCCAACUUACCUCCUCCCACCCCACUCACCUCCUCUCACCCCAAUCACCUCCUCCCACCGCACUCACCUCCUCCCACCCCACUCACCUCCUCCCACCCCACUCACCUCCUCCCACCCCACUCACCUCCUCCCACCCCACUCGCCUCCUCCCACCCCACUCGCCUCCUCCCACUCCACUCACCUCCUCCCACCCCACUCACCUCCUCCCACCACCCCACUCACCUCCUCCCACCCCACUCAACUCCUCCCACCCCACUCACCUCCUCCCACCCCACUCACCUCCUCCCAUCCCACUCACCUCCUCCCAUCCAACUCACCUCCUCCCAUCCCAUUCACCUCCUCCCACCACCCCACUCACCUCCUCCCACCCCACUCACCUCCUCCCACCCCACUCACCUCCUCCCACCCCACUCACCUCCUCCCACCCCACUCACCUCCUCCCACCCCACUCACCUCCUCCCACCCCACUCACCUGUCCAGUGCCGCACUUGUCCUCCCUGCCCUCUCUGCCUGUCAUCCAACUCCGAACAGCAGCGCCGUAGCCAUCGCACCCUCAGGCACCACCUCUCCCUCCCUUUCAUGUCACCCGCACCAGUACCGCCUGCUGUCAACCAGUUUUUCCCACAUUGCCCAACUCGCUUUCUCUCGCUGCCGCUUCUCAUGCCUCAAUGCAUUUUGCAUACCUCAUCCUUGA